CUCCUCCGCCGCCGCCGGAUCCUCCCCCUCCACCGGCCGGCACCGCCGCCCCCCUCCCCGCCGGCCACCGUCAACCCCUCCCACCACCACUCCAACUCACAGGCGUCGUCGAGCAUCGCCAGUAACGCCUCCCAUCCGCACGAGGUCCACGCAUCGGCAUCCACCCAUCCACCCAUCCGCCUUUGACUGCCCAGUCCAGAUUCCGCAUCCAGAUCUAGCCGCGCGCGCGAGCGAUCCGGGGAGGGGGGCGAUGAACGGAGGCAUCGCUCCGCCGCCGGCCGCGGCCGCGCCGACGGAGGCGGCGACGGCGGCGACCACGCCCAGCCACCGCCGGCUGCCGGACUUCCUCCAGAGCGUGAACCUCAAGUACGUGAAGCUCGGGUACCACUACCUCAUCACCCACCUCAUCACGCUGCUGCUGCUGCCGCUCAUGGCCGUCAUCGUGCUCGAGGCCGGCCGCACCGACCCCGACGACCUCCGCCAGCUCUGGCUGCACCUCCAGUACAACCUCGUCUCGGUGCUCGUGCUCUCCGCCGUCCUCGUCUUCGGCGCCACCGUGUACGCGCUCACCCGCCCGCGCCCGGUCUACCUCGUCGACUUCGCCUGCUACAAGGCGCCCGACCACCUCAAGGUCGGCUUCCAGGAGUUCCUCCGCCACUCGGCGCUCUGCGGCUUCUCCGACGACGCCCUCGAGUUCCAGCGCAAGAUCCUCGAGCGCUCCGGCCUCAGCGAGGAGACCUACUGCCCCGAGGGCAUGCACGCCAUCCCGCCCGAGCCCACCAUGGCCAACGCCCGCGCCGAGGCCGAGUCCGUCAUGUUCGGCGCGCUCGACAGCCUCUUCGCCGCCACCGGCGUCAAGCCCAAGGACGUCGGCAUCCUCGUCGUCAACUGCAGCCUCUUCAACCCGACGCCCUCGCUCUCCGCCAUGAUCGUCAACCGGUACAAGCUCAGGGGCAACGUCCGGAGCUUCAACCUCGGCGGCAUGGGCUGCAGCGCCGGCGUCAUCGCCAUCGACCUGGCCCGGGACAUGCUCCAGGUGCACCGCGGCACCUACGCCGUGGUGGUGAGCACGGAGAACAUCACGCAGAACUGGUACUUCGGCAACCGCAAGUCGAUGCUCAUCCCCAACUGCCUCUUCCGCGUCGGCUGCUCCGCGGUGCUCCUCUCCAACCGCGGCGCCGACCGCCGGCGCGCAAAGUACAGCCUCAAGCACGUGGUGCGCACGCACAAGGGCGCCGACGACAAGGCCUUCAACUGCGUGUACCAGGAGCAGGACGGCGAGGGCAAGACGGGCGUGUCCCUGUCCAAGGACCUGAUGGCGAUCGCCGGCGGCGCGCUCAAGACCAACAUCACCACGCUGGGGCCGCUGGUGCUCCCCUUCAGCGAGCAGCUGCUCUUCUUCGCCACGCUGGUGUCCAAGAAGCUCUUCAACGCCAAGGUGAAGCCCUACAUCCCGGACUUCAAGCUGGCGUUCGAGCACUUCUGCAUCCACGCCGGCGGGCGCGCGGUGAUCGACGAGCUGGAGAAGAACCUGCAGCUGCAGCCGGUGCACGUGGAGGCGUCCCGGAUGACGCUGCACCGGUUCGGCAACACCUCCAGCAGCUCCAUCUGGUACGAGCUGGCCUACAUGGAGGCCAAGGGCCGGGUCCGGCGCGGCGACCGCAUCUGGCAGAUCGCCUUCGGCAGCGGGUUCAAGUGCAACAGCGCGGUGUGGCACGCCCUGCGCAACGUCAAGCCGUCGCCCAGCACCCCCUGGGACGACUGCAUCGACCGCUACCCCGUGGAGCUCGUCGACGGCUUCCCCACCCACACCCACACCCACAAGUAGCAGCAGCAGCAAUAGCAUCCGCGCCCGUCGCCAUUAAUGGAGCUCUUCCAGAUACAGAAACCCGAGCAUAGCAUGGAUCAAUUCAAAUCCAUUUAUGGUCAAUUACCAGAUGCAUAGAUGUGCAAGAAUGAAUCUCCAGGCGUGGUGCGAGUCUGCUCUGAUCCGUAUGAAUGCAACUCUGCCCUCAUCUUCUUCAUCGUUUUGAUUGAUUGGUUGGUGGUCUGUGUACUUGAGGAGGGAUCUGGACCCCAUCCUGCCCUGACCCUGUCCCUGCGGUAAGUUUUACUACUCCAGUCCAGUAGUAGCAGAGUGGUGAUGAGAUACUAUAUGCCUGCUGUGUUGUUGUAUGUACAUUUGUUGUCUCUUUUAGCCAUUGCUGCGGAUUUACCAUUUCACCAUAGGAGGGGUCAAUCUCUAUUUUUGGUUACAUGACAAAUUAUUAAAAGGGAUUCAUUCAUGCUGAUUACAGGCAGUGUAUUGUUGGGUCUGUCGACUGAAGUAUGGAGCAUGUAUUUGUCAUGUCCAAUCGAUUUUUUUCUUCUGCUAUCAUAGUGUCCUUGAUUUA